AUGGCAGAGAGAUCAAUAUUUAAUGAGCCUGAUGUGGAUUUCCAUUUGAAAUUAAAUCAACAAUUAUUUCACAUUCCUUAUGAACUACUGUCUAAACGUAUUAAGCAUUCUCAAGCAGUAAUUAAUAAAGAAACCAAGUCACUACAUGAACAUACAGGCGCAGUAAACGAAAUAUUUGAACAUAAUGAUGUUGAACACGACAGACUGGCACUGGUAAAAAUAACUGAAAUGAUUAGGAAAAUCGACCAUAUAGAAAGAUUUUUGAAUAUGCAAAUCAAAUCAUACUGUCAGAUUUUGAAUAGAAUUAAGAAAAGGCUGGAGUUUUUCCACAAACUGAAGGAUAUCAAGUCUCAAAAUUCUGAAACUUUGCACGAUGGAAAUAAUGACAGUACUAGGAAGAAAUUGGUACAAUGGUAUCAGAGUUAUACAAACAUUUUGAUCGGUGAUUACUUGACGAGGAAUAACCCGAUCAAAUACAACUCAGAGACAAAUGAGCACUGGAACUCGGGUGUGGUGUUUUUGAAACAAAUUCAAUUGGAUGAUCUCAUUGAUUAUGAUGUCCUCUUGGAGGCUAAUAGGAUUUCGACUUCGUUACUACAUGAGCGUAAUCUUCUACCCCUAAUUUCAUGGAUAAACGAAAACAAAAGGACUUUGACCAAAAAGUCGUCUAUAUUGGAGUUUCAAGCAAGAUUGCAAGAAUAUAUCGAACUACUGAAAGUGGACAAUUAUACUGACGCUAUAGUUUGUUUUCAAAGAUUCCUUUUACCAUUUGUUAGGAGCAACUUCACCGAUUUAAAAUUAGCAUCCGGACUUUUAAUUUUUAUCAAGUACUGUAAUAGUCAAAAACCAACUUCUUCUACCGGCUCUGGAUUCAAUGCUGAAGAGAUUAAGUCGCAAAAUUUACCAAUGAAGAAAGAUCGAAUAUUUCAACAUUUUUUUCGUAAAUCUCUACCAAGAAUUACUUCCAAUCCAGCGGCGAAUACAACUGACUAUGACAAGAGUUCCUUAAUAAAUUUAAAAAAUGGAGAUUUUGAAAGAUAUCUGGAUUUAUUAGAUGAUGAACGAUGGUCAGUAUUAAACGAUUUAUUCUUGAGCGACUUUUAUUCCAUGUAUGGCAUAUCACAAAAUGACCCGUUACUAAUAUACUUGUCACUAGGAAUAUCAUCUUUAAAGACAAGAGACUGUCUACACCCUUCUGACGAUGAAGAUGGAAACAAAGAGCCGGAAGUUGCCAUAACAGUAGAGAAAGAAGUUGAAGAUUUACAAGUAUUUACGCUGCAUUCACUAAAAAGGAAAAAUUGUCCGGUUUGCAGUGAGACUUUCAAACCAAUAACACAAUCACUACCAUUUGCUCAUCAUAUUCAGUCUCAAUUAUUUGAGAAUCCAAUACUAUUACCAAAUGGAAAUGUUUACGACAGUAAAAAAUUGAAGAAAUUGGCCAAAACAUUGAAAAAGCAAAACUUGAUUUCUUUAAAUCCAGGUCAAAUCUUGGAUCCAGUCGACUUGAAAAUAUUUUGCGAGUCAGACUCUAUCAAAAUGUACCCAACUUAA